GAUAAUAUUAAAUUGUGAUAUAAACCGCGUUUGUAUCUGAUACAGAUAUACGCGUAGAAACAUGAUUCAGUUUGUGUAUUAUACACAAUGCUGGGUCUAAUAUGUCUGCGUUUCAACAUCUAUAUAAACGUUUUUGACAAAAGAAACCAACAAACAGACAAACAUAGCUCAAGUAUGGACCUCAAGCUCAGGCCAAGCUUCUUCUUCUCCUUUCUUGUUCUCAUCUUUCUUCUCAACAGCCCUGAUUUAGGAUCAGCGGCUAGUCCUAAAUGCAUAUCCACCGAGCGAGAAGCUCUUCUCACCUUCAAACAGUCACUUACCGAUCUUUCCGGUCGGCUCUCUUCUUGGUCCGGACCUGACUGCUGCAGCUGGACUGGUGUUCUCUGCGACGCCAGGAGUAACCACGUCAUCAAGAUUGAUCUCAGAAACCCGAGUCAAUUAGUGAACUCCGAUGAGUACAAAAGAGGUUGCUUGCGGGGUAAGAUCCAUCAGUCUCUGACCCGUCUCAAGUUCUUGAGCUAUCUUGACUUGAGUUCAAACGACUUCAACGGCCUGGUGAUCCCUGAGUUCAUCGGACACAUCGUUACUCUGAGGUACUUGAAUCUUUCUUCCUCAUCGUUCUCCGGUGAAGUUCCUCCGAAUCUUGGCAACUUGUCGAAGCUUGAAUCUCUUGACCUGUACGCUGAGUCGUUUAGUGACUCCGGUACGUUCGCUUUGCGCGCAAGCGACCUCAAGUGGCUUUCGGGUCUGUCUUCUUCACUGACUUACCUCAACAUGGGGUAUGUGAAUCUAAGCGGUGCCGGUGAAACCUGGUUACAUGAUUUCAGUAAACUCUCAAACCUGAAGGAGUUGCACUUGUUCAACAGCGAGCUCAAGAACUUACCUCUCUCCUUGUCUUCGUCAGCAAAUCUGAAGCUCCUCGAAGUUCUUGAUUUAUCUGAAAACUCACUCAGCUCGCCGAUACCCAACUGGCUCUUUGAUCUCACCAGCCUCAGAAAGCUGUUCCUCAGAUGGGACUUUCUCCAGGGAUCCAUUCCUUCCGGAUUCAAGAACCUCAAGCUUCUGGAGACAUUAGAUCUGUCUAAUAAUCUCGGACUCACGGGAGAAGUUCCAUCGGUCCUUGGAGAGCUUCCUCAGAUGAAGUAUCUAGACCUCUCUGCAAACGAACUCAACGGUCAAAUCAACGGGUUUCUAGACGCAUUCUCCAAAAACAAAGACAAUAGCUUGGUCUUUCUCGAUCUCAGUUCCAACAAGUUAGCUGGGACAUUACCCGAGUCGCUUGGAGCGUUGAGGAAACUACAGAUUCUGGAUCUUUCAUCCAACUCCUUCACGGGUUCGAUCCCUUCUUCUAUAGGAAACAUGGUUUCACUGAAGAGACUUGAUCUUUCUUUCAACGCCAUGAACGGGAACAUCCCAGAGAGCUUGGGGAAGCUUGCUGAGCUUGUGGAUCUAGACUUGAUGGCCAACACAUGGGAAGGCGUUCUCCUCAAGUCUCAUUUCGUCAAUCUAAGAAGCUUGAAAAGCUUCCGUCUCAACACUCAACCAAACAGAUCUCUCGUCUUUAAGGUCCCAUCUACAUGGGUUCCUCCUUUCAGACUGGAGCUGAUCAACAUCGAGAACUGCCGGAUCGGACCUAAGUUUCCAAUGUGGCUUCAAGUACAAACCGAACUCAACUCUGUCACACUCAGGAACACUGGCAUUGCAGACGCAAUACCCCACACCUGGUUCUCCGGUAUAGCUUCUGAUGUAACGUACCUGAUUCUAGCAAACAACAGAAUCAAAGGUACAUUACCUCAAAACCUUGUGUUCCCUAAUUUAAACACCGUUGACUUGAGCUCCAACAACUUCCAAGGCCCUUUCCCUCUCUGGACAACAAACGCAACAGAGCUUCGUCUUUACGAGAACAACUUCUCUGGUCCUCUUCCAGCCAACAUAAACGUCUUGAUGCCAAGGAUGGAAAAGCUAUACCUCUUUCACAACAGCUUCACCGGAGAGAUCCCAUCGUCUCUAUGUGAAGUCUCCGGACUGCAGAUUCUCUCCCUAAGAAACAACCGUUUCUCCGGUAGCUUCCCAAACUGCUGGCACCGUUCCUUCAUGCUUUACGGAAUCGACGCCUCUGAGAACAGCUUAUCAGGCGAGAUACCUCCCUCUCUCGGCGUGUUGCCUUCUCUCAGCGUCUUGCUUCUGAACCAGAACGCAUUGCGAGGUAAAAUCCCAGACACGCUUCAGAACUGCUCUGGUCUUACGAACAUUGAUCUUGGAGGAAACAAGCUGAGUGGGACACUUCCGUCGUGGCUAAGUAAGCUCUCUUCUCUGUUCAUGCUUCGUCUGCAGAGUAACUCCUUCGAUGGUCAAAUCCCAGAUAGUCUCUGCAGCGUUCCCAAUCUACACAUUCUUGAUCUCUCGGGAAACAAAAUAUCAGGCCCGGUUCCAAAAUGCAUUAGCAACCUCACAGCCAUUGCUCGUGGUACAACAAACUUCGAGGUGUUCCAGAAUCUUGUCUUCGUCGUUACGAGAGCUCGUAAAUACCAAGAUAUUGUCAACAGCAUCAAUCUAUCUGGAAACAACAUAAACGGAGAGAUCCCAGCGGAGAUCUUGGACCUCUCUUACCUUAGAAUCCUGAACUUAUCAAGAAACUCGAUAGCAGGAAGCAUCCCCGGGGAGAUUUCAAAACUCGGUCGCUUGGAGACGCUUGAUCUGUCGAGAAACAUGUUUUCUGGUGCCAUUCCUGAGAGCUUGUCAGUGAUAUCUUCUCUGCAGAAGCUGAACCUUUCGUUCAAUAAACUGGAAGGGCGCAUACCAAAGCUGCCGAAGUUUCAAGAUCCGUCCAUUUACAUAGGAAACGAGUUGCUCUGUGGGAAACCACUUCCUAAAAAAUGUCCUCAAGACGUUAAUAGGAGAUUGUUAUAGUAACAACAUACGGUACUACAAUGUACCUUACAAAAAAUAAUGUACCUGAUCAUUCCCAAAUAAUAAUAAAAUUACCAGCGCUGAGCUGAACAAGUUGUAUCCA